AUGGAGAAGUAUCCUUUACGACAUUCUUUGUCAUUGGACCAAGACGACUCCCUCGGUACAUCUCGACAUAAUUGUGUCAACACCAUGAGCUGUGUCAACUAUUGUGCCAACACCGUGAGCUGUGUCAACUAUUGUGUCAACCCCAUGAGCUGUGCCAACUUGUGCCAACACCAUGAGCUGUGUCAACUAUUGUGUCGACACCAUGAGCUGUGUCAACUAUUGUGCCAACACCGUGAGCUGUGUCAACUAUUGUGCAUGUGCCAACAUUGUGUCAACACCAUGAGCUGUGCCAACUAUUGUGUCAACACCGUGAGCUGUGUCAACUAUUGUGUCAACCCCAUGAGCCGUGCCAACUAUUGUGUCAACACCGUGAGCUGUGUCAACUAUUGUGUCAACACCAUGAGCUGUGUCAACUAUUUUGUCAACCCCAUGAGCCGUGCCAACUAUUGUGUCAAACACCGUGAGCUGUGCCAACUAUUGUGUCAACACCAUGAGCUGUGUCAACUAUUGUGUCAACACCAUGAGCCGUGCCAACUAUUGUGUCAACACCAUGAGCUGUGUCAACUAUUGUGCCAACACCAUGAGCUGUGUCAACUAUUGUGUCAACACCAUGAGCUGUGUCAACUAUUGUGUCAACACCAUGAGCUGUGUCAACUAUUGUGCCAACACCAUGAGCUGUGUCAACUAUUGUGUCAACACCACGAGCUGUGUCAACUAUUGUGCCAACACCAUGAGCUGUGUCAACUAUUGUGUCAACACCACGAGCUGUGUCAACUAUUGUGUCAACACCACGAGCUGUGUCAACUAUUGUGUCAACACCACGAGCUGUGUCAACUAUUGUGUCAACACCAUGAGCUGUGUCAACUAUUGUGUCAACACCAUGAGCUGUGUCAACUAUUGUGUCAACACCAUGAGCUUGAGUAUAUUUAA